GGGAUUUAUCUCUGCAAUUUAUUUUAUUAGGAAGAGAAACUGUACAGAGAGGUUGCUUUUCUUUAUUAUUCUCCGUUUUCCUCCUUUAUUUCACGUAAAGACAAGAGUGAAUACAUUUGGUGUGGAUUGCAGUUGAAAAAAGUAUCAUGGCAUUGCUUCGUGCAGUCCUCUGUGGCUUCUUAGUUUUUGGUGCUGUUGCAGCAUCACCCAUUGGACAGGAAAAGGAAACAGUUUUGGACCGUAGAUGUGCUACAGGACCCCAAUUUUGGUGUGCAAAUAUCGUAACUGCAAAAAAAUGCAACGCCGUAACGCAUUGCAUUCAGACGGUGUGGGAGAAGCAGAGUGUGCCUGAAGACAGGGAUUCAAUUUGCAAGAUUUGCUUGGAUAUGGUACAGCAGGCACGUGAUCAAUUGGAAAGUAAUGAGACACAGUCGGAUCUCAGGGAUGUCUUUGAGGGCUCCUGCAAGUUGAUUCCGAUCAAAUUGGUGCGCAAGGAGUGCAUUAAGAUGGCGGAUGAUUUUGUGCCUGAACUCGUGGAAGCUCUUGCAUCCCAAAUGAAUCCUCAGAUGGUAUGCUCUGUGGCUGGAUUGUGCAACAAUGCCAAUAUUGACAAACUACUUGAGAUGAAGCAACAUUCGUCGGAAGAGGUGGAUGAACUUGUGCCUCACGUUGAAACGGAAAAUGUCGAUGACUUCACGUGCGAUCGUUGCAAUAAGAUUGCCAGUGAAAUUGCUCGUAGAUUUUCCAAUGCUGAUCGCGAUACUGUUCUGGAAAAUAUGCUUCUCUACUGUGGAAAAAUGGGAUCAUUCUCGGACUCGUGUGCAAGCGUUGUUCUUACCUACUUCAAUGAAAUCUACGACCACAUGUCCGAGAAUUUCAAUGAGAAGAGCAUUUGUCACAUUAGUGGCGUCUGCGCUAAAAACUACCAUAAGCACUCGGAAAUGGUUGAAAUUAGGCCAAUGGCCAAUGUUGGCGUAGUUUCGGUGAAAGAUGACAUUCCAUGCGAAUUGUGCGAGCAGUUGGUUCGUCAUCUUCGGGACGUUUUGAUUGCCAACACCACUGAGGCGGAAUUCAAGAUGGUCCUCGAGGGUUUCUGCAAACAAAUGGGUGGCUUCAGCACUGAGUGCCUGAGUAUUGUCGAUCAAUAUUACGAUCAAAUUUACAAUUCACUUGUAAAUGAACUCGAUGAGAAGGGUGCAUGCUUCCUUAUUGGUAUUUGCCCGAAAGGUGUUGCCAAUGUAAAUGAACAUUCCCAAAUUAUGCCACUUCUCCCAGCUCUUCAGGCUCAAGAAAUUCAUGUGACACUCAAGAAAAUUGGACCUGCACCACCGAAGAAGCUUCUCGGAGAAGGAGAACCCAAGCUCUCCAAUGAGGAGAUUCUCAAUAUGCAACUACCCAUUGAUCGUCUCAUGGGUCCACCAAAUUCUCUGUACUUGAUUGAUAAUGGAAAAUGGUGUCUGCUCUGUGAAUACGUCAUGCACUUCCUCCAGGAUACAAUUUCUUCACCCGACAAUGAGGAGAAAAUCAAAACAGAAGUGAAUAAGGUUUGCGGAAGAAUUCCACACACCUUUGAAGCGGAAUGCCACAACUUUGUCGACGUCUAUGGUGAUGCCAUUGUUGCACUUUUGGUGCAAGAUAUUGAUCCAAGUAUGGUGUGCCCACGCAUUAGAUUCUGUCCAAGUCGCAAGGAGGAAGAUGUUGAGAUCUUUGCACCGGACAAUUUGGAAAUAACUGUGGAUAUUUCAAAUACUGGUGCCGAUAAACCAAUGUGCCCACUGUGCCUGUUGGCUGUGAAGGAUCUUCAGGAAGCAAUCCAGAGUGAUAAGUCUAAGGCGAACAUCAUGAAGAAUCUCGAGUCACUUUGCAGUCAUCUACCGCAGAAACUUACACCGGAAUGCAAAGAUUUUGUCGAUACAUAUUCAUCUGAACUCGUUGAUAUGCUCAUUAAUGAUUUCACAGCGGAACAAAUUUGUGUAAAUCUUCGUCUAUGCAAGGAUACACCGGUUCCACCAACUGUUCAUAAUGAAGACAAUGACAUUUUCACAAAUGAAAUACCCGAUGACACCGUAAAUGGGCAAUUAGUGACUGAUGAUUUCCAACCAAAACGCUAUGAAACAACACCUGAGUGCCUCCUGUGUGAGCGUGUAAUUAAUGAAGUGGAGAAAAAAGUCGUCAACAAGAAAUCCAAGGAACAAAUUAAACACGCUUUGGAGCAUGCUUGCGAUAAAGUGAAGAAAUUGCGUGAAAAAUGCUUGGCUUACGUUGAGAAGCACGGUGAUCAAAUUGCGGAUCUAAUUAUGAAGGAUUUGGCACCAAAAGAGAUCUGUCGCAUUUUAGGCUACUGCCUUAUUCAUCCUGAUGAAUUGACCAAUAGCGAACCAGAUUUGGAAAUCGAUGAAGCCAUUUCCAUCACAGUCUUUGCAAAACCCGCAAAUUCUCAGAAGGACAUUGCUAGCCCAUACCCUGGAGACUCCAAUCAGUGCACCCUAUGCCAAUUCAUUAUAACGCAAUUGGAGAAGGAUUUGAUUAAUAAGAAAACAGAGGAUGAGGUGAAGAAAGCAGUUGAAACUGUUUGUGAGAGAUUGCCGAAGAAAGUUUCUCAACAGUGCAACCAAUUCGUUGAACGAUAUGCCGAAAUUAUUCUCUCAAUUUUGGCAACUGCUCCACCAAGCGAAGUUUGCAAGAGAAUUGGACUAUGUGCUCCGGCUAAAAUUGAAUUGCCACCACAGUAUGUUGAGAGCAAGAAGGAAGUCAUUGAGUGUGCCAUUUGCCAGAGCGUGGUUAUUGAAGUGGAAAAGCUCGUGAGUGAUCCUAAAUUUGAAAGGAAUGUUGAAAAAAUGGCAUACAAAGUGUGCAGUCUUCUGCCAUCCAAGUACUACGAGAAGUGCAGGGAAAUGGUGGAGAUAUAUGGGCAGAGCAUGAUUAAUUUAAUCGUGGCAAAGAGUGAACCAAUAAAGGUUUGCGAACAAAUUGGUAUGUGCUUCCCGGGUGAAAGUCCUGGAUACAUCCAACUCUACGAAGGUGAUAUUUCACCGCGAGAGAUUGAGUUUGCAGAAGAAGUUACCCCCAAGCAACGACUUGUUGGGGCUAAUGAAUGCACCUGGGGUCCAUCUCAUUGGUGUGCAAAUGAGGAGAAUGCUAAAAAAUGCAAUAUGUUGGCACACUGCACUGAGAAAUACUGGAAGGAUGGAAAACCCAGUGCGUAGAGGUGAUGGAAGGAUUUAAAAAAAAAUGUUUACCUUUUUUCAUACAAAAAAAUUUAAUCUUUAAUAAGUUACGUAGGAGAAUGCGGGAACUUAAUAAUUUUUACCAAAAAUAAAAUACUAAAAAUAAAAUGAACACUAGCACAGUCUUAAUUAUGGUAACAAGAGGUCUUAUAAAUGCUAAGAAUAAUAGGGAUUCUUAUGUACAGUGGAGAUGAUUGAGGUUGUAUAGAGAAAGUAAUGUUUAUAUUUGACCGAAGAGAUUCAGUUUAUAAUAUUUUAUCGUUCUUAAAAUCGAUGACUGUGACGUUAAAAAUAUCCAUGAAGAAUGUAAGAAAAUCGGAAGAUUGAAAUAAAGAAUUUGAAUGAAAUAUAAAAA